AAUUAAAAAAAAAAAAACAAAUCGAAAGUCACUUUCGAAUAGGGUAGCACUCUUGCCAUCUUGUGCGUCCGUUUGGAAAAGGAACAAUAAAGUUGGAUGGUGCACAUGUGUUGAGGGCGAAAUGGCCGAAACCAUAAAUUGUAAGCAGUUUCCUCGACGAGAGCAAGACGACGAAGGGACCCCCACCCCAACCUUUUAUUCGUAUGGAAGUCGGCGGAGAGAGAGAGAGAGAGAGAAAGGUAUUAAAAGGCGGCUCCUGCCACCAGCUCCCCCAGUCAAUGUUCUCCGUUCGUUCUGCCCUCCUUCCAAAUGACAAUAACAUCUCAUCCUUUUAUGAAAUGACACCUCUAGCAAACACACGGUUAACCUUUUUUUCUUCUUCCAAGAGGAAGGCCUUGUCAUUUCGGUAAAUGAGGUGGGUAUUUCAGUAAGUUUGACACAAAUGGGAACGCUAUAAACUAGCGACUUCAUUGGAAAGAGAUUCACGAGAGAGAGAGACAGAGAUUGGAUUUGUGUAGAAGCAGGCAAGGCAGAUAGAGGAGGAAAGGCAGAGAGGGAGGAAAGGCAGAGAGCGAGAGAGAGAGAGGGGGAGGAAAGGCAGAGAGAAAGAGAGAGAGAUCAGAUUUGUGUAGAAGCAGCAGGAAAGGCGAGGGAGAGAGAGAGAGAGAGAGUGAGAUGGAAGUUGUUGCAGUUCGAUCUCCGCCUCGAGGCAUUGCGGGUGAGUUCCAGUUUGAGAGCGGGUGCUCGACGCCAUACGCGAGCGCCCCAUCGAGCCCAGGGCGCAUGGGCAGCUUCUUCUACUUCAGCGCACCCACCAGCCCUUCCUCUGCUACUUCAAUUUUCUCUGAAUUUCAUGGCGAUACACCCUCCGCCACCGCCAAUGUCCCCUUCGUUUGGGAGCAAAAGCCUGGAAUCCCCAAAAACGAAGACAAACUUGACGACGAAUCGUUGCAACAGAUGGACAACGCUUUCGAGUUUGAUUUCAGCGGUCGCUUCCCUAAUGAUCCAGCUGCUUCUCUGCCACUUUCUCAAAAGGAACCUCCCUCUGAGACCAUGUCCACUGCUGAUGAGCUGUUUCAUGAGGGCAAAAUCAGGCCGCUGAAGCCGCCUCCUCGCCUUGAUGAGUUCAGCUUCAACACCGCCUCUUCCUCUCCGCACUCUCCUCGGUCGCCUAGGUCCCCGAUCGCUCAUGGCCGCAAACUUAUCAGAGAAGCACUUUCUGGGUUCAAUUCCAGAUCCAAGGAUUUCGACCCAUUUGCCGCUGCUCUCGAACGAGCCACCAAGGGAGAGGAGAGAGGAAGGAGUGCCAGAAAUUCGUCAAGGAGGACGAGGUCUCUCUCGCCGCUCCGAAUUUUCAAUUGGGAAGAGCCUCAUGUUUCCUCCUCCAAGCCAGCAACACCAAAGCCAGGAACAGCAACUCCUUCUCCUAAAACCACCACCACUGCUUCUUCUUCUUUUUCCUGGAUGGGGUCCAAGAAGUGGAAGUUGAAGGAUUUCCUUCUGUUUAGGAGUGCAUCAGAGGGGAGGGCGCAGGAGAAGGACCCCUUGAGGAAGUACAGAGUUUUGGAGAAGAAAGUUGUUGAAGACCCAAUCAACUCUAGUUUCAGGUCCACGGACAGCGGAGGCGGUAGCUCUCGCAGGGGCGGCGGCGGGGUUUCGCCUCAUGCGCUUCACUAUAACGCCAGCAGAGCUUUUUCAGAAGAAUUGAGAAAGAAGACAUUCCUGCCAUACAGGCAGGGCCUUUUUGGUUGUUUGGGCUACAGUCCCACUAUCCAUGGCCUAGCCCGAGGCUUCAGAUGAUCCCCUGGAUCCAUCUCUCCUCUCUCUCCCCAUUUCAUAUUCCUAUUCAUUUUUGGCACAUUCUUAUUUGUUUCUGUAUCUGUAUUGUUGUCUUGGAAACGAAACCCUGAUGCAAAAUUAUUCGUUGCAUUUGUAAGUAAAGUUGUAACAAAAGUUGCUUCUCCCCCAGUUAGUAAGAAGAGGAGUGUUUGAUGUUUAUUUUUCUCCCAAUAAAUGUUUGACGAGGGGAAUGGAAAUGGACUAAAUUAAAGAUUAGGAAAUUUU